CAGCCGCUACCCUCCAACCUACCUGCCCCCCCAUGUGUCCCCCCUCGUCUCUCGAAGGAUCGUGGAGAACAGAGUAGCAGCAGCAGCAGCAGCGGCGCAGGCGGCAGCAACGGCCAGCAGCAGCCACCAGAUCCACCCUCCAGGAGCUCUACCCACCUCUAGUAGCAGUCUGCCCCCUCCUUCCGUCACUCUCACUACCCCACACUACAGGUACACUCAGGAAGCCUUCUACAACAGCCGACCUUACUACACCCCAGAGCCCCAGCGUAGAAUACUUCCCCGCCUGAAGAACCCCUGACCCCCAAGAAUCCACCCCCUUGAAGCCCACAAAGUCUUCGAUCCUCAACCUUUCAGCAGCAGCAGCAGCAGCAGCGGCAGUAGCGGCAGCCAUGAGCACACAGGAUAGGAAGCCUCUGGACAGGGUUUCCCAAUGCGGGCAACACGACGAUGGUGGCGGCGGUGGCGGGGAAAUACAAACAGCUAGUCAUGGAAGAAGCGUCGGUCUUUGGUGCGGAAUGACUGACCCAAUAUCCGACCUCCCCCCCUUCUCCCCCCUCCGUCUAAAUGAGUCAUACCUUUUGGGUUUGUUUAUUUUUCAUUAUAAUUGAUGUUAUUCUUAUUAUUUCUUUCAAUGGAAAUUUUUUAUUUUUUAUUUUUUUAACUCUUUCAUAUUGGAAGAUGUCGUCAGUUGGUAACAAAAGUGUCUGUUCUCCCUCCACCACUUUCUUUCUUCCGUUAUUCUUUUCUUUCUUUUUCUCUCAUUCUCUUUUUCCCUCCCAUAACUAAGAUCCAUGAUGGCCUCCAAACAGAUUUUGUGAUUAAUGUUGUUUCAAUAUUAUCUUUGUUAUUAUUCAUUAGGCUGGAAAUUGUUAUUGUGAUACCUUUUUUUUUUUCUUCUGCUUUUUUAUGUACAUUUUUCCUAUCUCUGCUACUUCUAGCUCUACUUAUUUUAUUUCAAAGUUAACCCUCAAGCAGAAGGAUUGAAGAAAAGGGAGUGAAGCUUUUUGGACCGAGUGUUUGAAGCAGUCAUUAAUAUGGACUAUGAUUGUAUACUUUUUUCUCUCGUUCUCUCUCUAAUUGAUUGCCUACUAGUCUCCCCCACCCCCUCUUGUCGGUAACUCAUUUUCAUUCAUGUUGCACUAAGGCAAAGGAGUGGUACACCAGAACAAAAAUGGAAAGAAAACGUGGAAGAAAAAACCUAUUUACAAAAACUUUUUCAAGAUGAAGUUUACUGAUUCGAGUCAAUGUUGAGUUAACGUUGACUGAAGUGGAACUGAAUUGGCUGAAGUUGAGUCAGUGUUGAAUUGAUAUUGAGUAAGCAUCACUUUCUUUGGCCAUUUAUCAGUGUUGCAGUUGCUGAAUAAGUCUGUCAGUUGACCUCAGUGAGAACUGAGACCCUAACUCAUGGAAAAUCAUCUGUGAUUUACUAAGGAGAUAAAAAAAGAAGCAAAAAAUAUAUGAAUAUGUAGUAGUUCAAUGAUUCUUAAUGUCUUUAUGAACAUUUUUUAUAUGAAGACCAGAAAGGUAAUUGAGUGAUUUUUUUUCUUCUUUUUUUUUCCUUUUUUACUCUUUAUUAUUUAAAGCUUGUUGGCAUUCACAAGGAAUUAAAUAUGUGAGAAGGAA